AUGGGAACGGAAGGGUCGAAGUGUUCGGCGUUUUGCUUGCCUGGUUCCCCGGCAUCAACGUUUGAAUUGGCUAGCUCUGGUGCUACCGAAGGUGUAAGCUUGGAGAUGAAGUCAGCGACGACCUAUCCUUUCUCUGGAUGUCUUGGCUUGAACUGUAUGUCGAACUCUCCUAACUCAAUUGCCCAUUUGAUCAAUCAGCCGGAUGCUUCCGGCUUCUGGAGUACCUGCCGAAGUGGUUGGUUGGUUAAAACUGUGAUUUCGUGCGCUUGGAAGCAUGGGCGGAGCCUUCGAGCUGAGACUACGAUAGCUAAAGCUAGUUGUUCCAAGGAGGGUACUGAAUCUCCGCAUUCUGCAACGCCUUACUGA